GGAAGUGAAACUAAAAGGCUCCAGCAGCAGCGUGUGUGGACUCAGCUAGAAGACGGUUGUGUUUUCGUUUCUCGGCUGAAUCUUUGCGUAUUUUCAUCAACAAUGUCUUCAGUUCAGCAUCUGAGAGAGUUUAUCAGAGAGCGACUAACUGCUGCUGCUGAAGAAAUCUUCUCAGAGGUUGAGAAAACCAUCGUCCGCUACGAGGAAGACGCCAGACUGCUGGAAAGCUACUGGAGGCCCCAGAUAAAACUCUCCAGAAUCGACCUCCAGAAGCCACAUGUCUCCACGGAGGAGGAAGCUUCUUCCAUCCAACAGCUCUGCAACCAGAGGAGAAGGUCCAGUCAUGACCAGGAGGAAGCAGAACAUAAGUGGUCUGAAAAGGAACAGGUGAAACCUGAUCCUCCCCUGAUUCAAGAAGAAAAUGUGGAACCUGAGUCUUUGUGGAUUAAAGAAGAACAAAGGGAAUGGGAACCACUAAUUGAAGACCAAGAAGGCCCAGAACUUCCACUGAUUGAGGAACAAAAGGAGCGACCAGAUCCUUUGAGGCUUAAACAUGAACAGCAGAAUGUAGAAAAUUUAGCAACUAGAAGGGAUGUCUGCAGCAGUCAGGAGGGAGAGCAGCUUGUCCAGAAGCAGUCUGUUGUUCUAAUGGAGACCUUUACCCUUCAGGAACGUGAAGGAGAACCAGGAACUGAGCAGCUUUCCUUUCAUAUCUCUCCUGUAGUUCAGACCAAAGACCAGGAAGGAAGCAGCUCCACUGGGCCAGAGAGUCAGUCUUUCACUGACACUAAGAAAAUGUCUUUAAAAUGUGAUGUUUGUGGGAAGUCUUGGAAAAAGAAAAGUAUAUUGAAAGAGCAUUACAGAACCCACACAGGUGAGAGGCCUUUUCCUUGUCAGACAUGUGGAAAAAGUUUCACUCAACUAAGCAGUUUAAAUGGUCACAUUAAAACCCACACAGGUAAAAGGCCUUUUUCUUGUCAGACAUGCGGUAAAAGUUUCUCUCAUAUGUACACUUUAAAACGUCACAUGAGAAGCCACUCAAGUGAAAAGCCUUUUUCUUGUCAGACUUGCGAAAAAAGUUUUAAUCAACUGAGUAAUUUAAAUGCUCACAUUAGAACCCACACAGGUGAGAGGCCUUUUUCUUGUCAGACAUGCGGAAAAAGUUUCACUCGAGGGAGUCAUUUAAAACUUCACAUGAGAACCCACACAGGUGAGAGGCCUUUUUCUUGUCAGACAUGCGGAAAAAGUUUCACUCGAGGGAGUCAUUUAAAACUUCACCUGAGAAUCCACACAGGUAAAAGGCCUUUUUCUUGUCAGACAUGCGGAAAAAGUUUCUCUCAUAUGUACCCUUUAAAACGUCACAUGAGAAGCCACUCAAGUGAAAAGCCUUUUUCUUGUCAGACUUGCGAAAAAAGUUUUAAUCAACUGAGUAAUUUAAAUGCUCACAUUAGAAUCCACACAGGUGAGAGGCCUUUUUCUUGUCAGACAUGCGGAAAAAGUUUCACUCGAGGGAGUCAUUUAAAACUUCACCUGAGAAUCCACACAGGUGAGAGGCCUUUUUCUUGUCAGAUGUGAAAAAAGUUUCUCUCAUAUGUACUCUUUAAAACUUCAUGAGAAGCCACACAGGUGAGAAGCCUUUUGCUUGUCAGACAUGUGGAAAAAGUUUCUCUCGACUGGAUUAUUUAAAUGUUCACAAGAAAAAACACAGGUGAGACUCUUUCCUUGUCAGACAUGCAGAAAAGGUUUCACUCAACUAGCCAAUUUUAAUGGUCACAUGAGAACCCACACAGGUUAGAGGCCUUUGUCUUGUCAGACAUGUGGAAAAAAAUCUCUCGACUGUAUUAUUUAAAUGUUCACAAAAAACACACACACACAGGUCACACAGUUUUCAUGAGAAAUAUGUGGACAAAGCUUCACUCAAAGUGGCAGUUUGACUCUUCACAUGAAAUUAAAACAAGUAGGGUUUUUUUUACUUUCACAAAGAUUUCCAAGUACAAAUAUAAAAAUUCUUCCUAGUAAUUUUCCACCAGAGACCCUCUGCUUCCACUUUCUGGAUUGGAGUCUCGUCUUUUCUAUAAACUUAAAGUCUGCCUUAUAGAUCUUGUCAGUUUCUUUUAGAUUGAGCAAUGUUUUACACUCAGUUCUUUCACCUGAGAAAUGUUUACACCGGCAAAGGCUGAAUAAUUAACUGAUCUUUUUUGGAGUUAGCUGUUGACAUGUUUUAUGUUCUGAGAGUUUAUGUUAGCAAACUCGUUUAUUGUUUUAAUUCCUAAUUGUACGUCACUGGUAAGAAUUAAAAAUAAAUCAAAAGAUUGAUUCUGCAGAGCCGGUCCGAAGUUUUUUGUUUAGCGGUUAUCAUCUCUGGUUUUUAGAAGCGACUGCAGCAAAAGCUUUUGAAUCCUUGUUAUUCUUUUAAAUCUUGAUGUUUGUCCUUUUUUGAUCACAUUUUAUUUACUCAAAAACCUUGUCUCUUGGAGGUUUCCCUUUGGUAAGUGUUUUUCGAUUCCAAAAUAGGGUUUUUGGUUAUUUCCAAGGGUCUUGUAUAUUGAGGAGCCGUGUAGGUUUUAUAUUUUAGUUUUUUUUAAUAUUGUUUUAUUUUUAAAUUCUGUACACUCUAGUAAGUUUGACAUUUAUUCUCAGCUAGCGUGUGUAAAAUCUCUAGAGUAGGAUGUGAGGGUGUCAGUUCUGUUGAGGCCUUUCAGAUUUAUCCAAUUAACUGUUGGCUUCAAAAAUUAAAUUUCUUUACAAGGACUAGCCUUGGGUCAAAUAGGGUCUGGUACAGCAGGUUGAUCCAACUGCUUCUAUCUAUUUUCAAUAGAUGUCAAAUACAUAUUUUUAUUCAUACUUGUUUUUGCAUCCAUGUUUACAUUUUCUAUUGAGUCUUUUUUUUUUUUUUACAAUUAACAAUUAAAUAACUUAAACAAGUGAUAUAAAUGAAUGAAUGAUGAUGGAAUAAUUUAUUUAAUGUUUUGUGACAGUUUGUAUUCAGAAGUUUUGAGAAAAUAUUGAAGUAUUUUAUGUAUUGUUUAUUAAUUUAUUUUAUAUUAAUACAUAACUUCACUGUAUUAGUUUAUAAUAUUCGCUACAGUCACGGGCUAUGAUUUUGGUGAUUCUUAAGAAAAAUAAAGAUCCACUUAAAUGCGAA